GGCCAAGCUUUUUAAUAAGUAGGUCUUGUACAACAAAUCAUGAUUGGUUCUUUUAUGCAUGUACCCACGUAUCAUAGUGCAGCUAAGUAACUCAAGCCACGACCAAUGAGUCGCCAGCCACAAUCCACUUCCAAUGGUCGGCGGUUCCUGAACUAAAUUCUUAAUUCGUGUCGCGCCUCGUCCGACGGGAGAUUUUCUAGCCAGGUCAUCCACCUCGCCGACACCUAUACCAAUCCACGAAGACGAACCGACGAAGUAAUACAACCCGAAUUAACAGUUCAUUCACCACAUUCCUUUCUAAACCAAUAACAUAUCUAAUCACUACUCCAUAAUCAACCAUGCUCGGCACGCUCGUCGGCCUCGCCAUGCUCGUGGCUGCCUCCGUCGUAUUCAUCUACUACUCGCUGUGGACGUUGGCAAUGCCAUUCGUCGACUCCGACCACCCACUCCACAACUUCUUCCCACCACGAGUCUGGGCCAUCCGCAUACCCGUGAUCCUAAUCCUCCUCGGUUCCGCUGUCGUGGGCUCCUUCCUCAGCGUCGUCAUGAUCCGUAGUAACCGAAAGAAGGCCGCCAAGGCUAAGGCUGCUGCUGCUAAGAAGAAGGCGUAAAAGAGGUACUGAAACUUUAUACUAUGAUCACCCAAUUUACACAAUAUUAGGAACUGUGGAAACGUGUACCGUGUACGUCAUGUGAGACUAGGAAUCGGAGUGGGAGGAGGCUCAGUGAUUAAGAGGAGCUAUACUGUAAGAUAUCGCUCUGAAUCGGAUACCCGAUUUACUACGAAAACCACGAUAAAGCAAUGCCAAAAAUGAUCAUAUAUCUCAAGCAGUCUACGUUUAGAGCGAAAAGAAAUGUGAAAAUGCCGAGGCGACUUGAUGGUAUCUAAUUGAGUUGUGUU